AUGAAAGCUGUCGCAUCCAAGGUCUCGGAAAAGAACGACACGCUACUUCUUCCCGCCGUCGACCUGGAGGACAGCGGACCGUAUGAGAUUGCUGAGCCUCGUGUAAUAACCGCUCUUGAAACCUAUACGCCGUCCUGGCUACAAACCCCGCGACUCAAGCGCUUAGCUGAAAUCGUCUCAGCCCAAGCGUUAGCCCAGCAGGAACGCCUCGAGUAUGGGGACGAGGAUGGUGACUACGGAGAACAGGAUGCCGAAGCCAUGUCUACGGUGGAUGAGGGGGAGAUGGUCACGACGCAGUGA